AUGGCUCCAAGAUACGGCUUCAUCGGGCUGGGCUCGAUGGGGUUUGGAAUGUGCUUGAACAUUCAUUCGAAGAUCCCCUCGGACUCUGAGCUGUAUAUAUGCGAUAUCAAUCGAUCAGCGUUGGAGAAGUUCGUCGAAGAGACCACCGGCAAAGCUAAGGUGACGAUACUUGACACGCCUAAGGAGAUCACUGAGCACUGCAUGAACCAGGACAUCAUCAUAACCAUGCUCCCCAAAUCCGAGCACGUCCAACAUGUCUACCACGCCAGCGCCAACAAUCUCCUCUCCGCCUCCGUCCAACCCACCGGCCAACCAAAACUCUUCAUCGAAUGCAGCACCAUCGACCCGGUCGUCUCCCGCGAAGUCGGCCAAAAGGUGCAGGACUCCAGUCUCGGCAACUACGCCGACGCAGCAGUAUCCGGCGGCCCCUUCGGCGCCCGCUCAGGCACUCUAUCCCAUAUGAUCGGCUGCGAUGACGCUAUCCUCGACCAAGUCAAAUCCGUCGUGGGCAUGACAGGGAAAUCGGACGGGCUCUUCCACUGCGGACCCGUCGGAGCCGGAGUAACGGUUAAGGUAAUCAACAACUACAUCUCCGUCACCAACAUGCUCGUCGCCUCCGAGGGCCUGAACAUGGGCGUGAAAAUGGGCAUUGAUCCGAAGAAACUCACCGAUAUCAUCAACGCUUCAUCCGGGAUGAAUUGGUGUACGAAGAAUAAUAACCCCGUCCCUGGGGUUCAACUGGAUAGUGUGGCUUCAAGAGGGUAUAAGGGUGGUUUUGCCAUCGAGCUCGCGGCGGGGUGUAUUGAUUUAGCGGUGAAAGGGGCGGAGGACGUGGGAGCGAAGUUGACGCUGGGCAAGCCGAUGCAGGCGACAUGGCAUGAGGCGAUGGAGGAUCCAAGGUGUAAGGGUUUGGACGCUAGGUCCAUAUACAGGUGGCUUGGUGGUGAGGAGGCUUGA